GGGGGGCAGGCUGCAAACGGUUCCCCUUUUGCAAAACGUUCCUGCUGAAUUGCUUCGAUUGAGCCGGGAGGAAGGGGCAAGGAAAGCCGCAGGGACCCUUCCUCAAAGAAGGAAGCCCCGCAGAAGAGCCAAGGCUGAACUUUAUAACCGCCGCGGAAGGGAGGUUUUAUAUAAAAUCAGCAACCGGAGGAGGAUUCGCAAGAAGCGGAUGGAAAUGAGCGGAGCGCCGCUUCGGGGAAGGCGACGGAGGGCAGGCGAGGCGCUGAGCUUUCCUGGAUUAAAUCUCGGUUUUAUCCUCCGAGGUUCCCGCUGAAUUUCCUUCGGAUCCUGGCAGGAGACGCCCGGAGCAGCGAUGGAGAGCAGCUAAUCCGGAUUAAAAACCCCAAUCCACACGGAUGAUCUAAGGGAGGAUUGAAGAGCGCCUUCCGAUCCUAGUUGGCUUGUUCGUUGUCGCGGGAAAUUGGGGGCCCGGCUGCCACCGACCUCGGCUUAAAAGGAGACCCAUGGCCAAAUGGUUUAAGGAUUAUCUCUCUUUUGGGAGCAGGAGGUCUCCCCCGCAGCCCCCCAAGCCAGAUUACACCGAGAGCGACAUCCUAAAGGCCUAUCGCGCCCAGAAGAGCUUAGACUUCGAGGACCCCUACGAAGACGGGGAAGGCAAAGCCGAUCCAGAUCCCGGCGGCUCGCCGAACAAGGGGGGCGGCUGCAGCAGCAAUCUGGAGGGAAAAUAUGGGUCGCCCAAGCACCGUCUCAUCAAAGUGGACGCCUCCGAUCUUAACCGGAGCAAGGCGCUCCUUGCCACGGCGGGCGAAGAGGCAGCCGUCCCGUCGGAUCAGGCCCCCGGAGAGAGCGAAUACUCUGAUCCGUUCGAUGCUCACCGGGAACCAAAAGGGGACGCUGAAGAGGACGCUGGUCUGGAAAACAACGGUUACAUGGAGCCCUACGAUGCCCAGAAGGUGGUGGCUGACCUCCAGCGCAAAAAUGACUGGGACGAGCAGCGGGGGAAGAAAUCCCGGAUCGGGCUGCAGCUUUACGACACCCCCUACGAGGAGAAGGCAGCCGAGGCAGAGGACCCCGAGGCCGGGAAGAGCGCCGAGAAGCCCCCCAAGAGCCGGCUGCCCCAGGAGGACGAGCGCCCGGCCGACGAAUACGACCAGCCCUGGGAGUGGAAAAAGAACCACAUUUCCCGCGCUUUUGCUGUAGACAUAAAGGAGAAUAAAGUAUUGCCCUGGCCACCGCCGGUAGGACAACUUACGGGGACGGAAGAACCCCUAGAUCCAGAAGCGCAGUUCGAAGCCCCCGAGUGGGACCGGACCUCUUCCUCCUCCUCUUCCUCCUCAGCCCCCAAAGAGCACCGGCCACGUCCGCCGAAGCACCCGACGGGCUCUGCCAAGUUUGGCCAGUUGCAGAGCCCCGAGUCCGGCGUUUCCCUGGCUGAGCGCAUCGACCUGUCGCUGCCUCUGGAGAGUCAGGCGUGGUUUCAUGGCCCCAUCAGCCGAGCUGAAGCCGAGACACUCCUGAUGCUGUGCAGGGAAGGCAGUUACCUGGUUCGAAGCAGCAAGGCCAGCCGCAGCGAGUAUUCCCUCUCGCUCAGGAGCAGCCAAAGUUUUAUGCACAUGAAGUUCACCCGGACGAAGGAGAACAGGUACAUCUUGGGCCAAAACAGCGCCCCCUUCGAGAGCAUCCCAGAGGUCAUCCAUCACUACGCCACUCAAGAGCUGCCCAUCAAAGGGGCUGAGCAUCUUUCCUUGCUGCAUCCCGUGGCAGUUCAGACUGCGUGAGACAAACUGGAAGCCACGGGCUCGCUCUGGAUUCAGACAAUCGGCUCUGAUCCUCACCUGGGCUGGAGAAGUUGGGGGUCUCACCAGGGACUUACAGACAAUGUGUCUCCCCCCUUUUGAUGGGGGGGGUGUUUCUCCCUGUGGGGAGAGAGGCUUCCCUUCCUCUUCUUCUCCUGUUUUCGAGCAAUAAUGGUGCCUCUUUGCUUCUAAACGACAGACGGUCCUCGACUUGCAACCGUCCAUUAAUGACCAUUUAGAGCAGGGGUUCUCAACCUUGGCAACUUUAAGACUUGUGGACUUCAAAUCUCAGAAUUCCUCAGCCAGCAAAGCUGGCUGAGGAAUUCUGGGAGUUGAAGUCCACAAGUCUUAAAGUUGCCAAGGUUGAGAACCCCUGAUUUAGAGUUACAACGCCAGUGAAAAAGGUGACAUGACCGAUUUUCACACUUAAGACCGUUGCAGCAUCCUCCACGGUCAUGUGAUCUAAAUUCAGAUGCUUGGCAACUGACUCCUACUUAACGACGGUUUGCAGUGUCCCGGGGUCAUGUGAUCCCUUUUGGCGACCUUCAGCGGGGGGAAACCAGCUUCACUUUACAACUGUGGGGCUAACUUAACGACGGCAGCGAUUCGCUUAACAACUGUGGCGAGAAAGGUCGUAAAACAGGGGCAAAACUCUCAGUUAACAAAUGUCUCAUAAAUUUUGGGCUCCGUUGUAGUUGUACGUCGAGGGUUUCCUGCAUCACACUGCCGUGACUACAGUAGUCCUCCACUUACAACCGUUUGUUUAGUGACCGCUUACCUCGCCCUUAUGACGGUCCCAGCGUCACCGAGGUCAUGUGAUCAAAAUGUGACCGGUCUCUGGCAUGUAUUUUAUGACGGUUGCAGCGUCUUGGGAUCACACGGUCGCCGUGCUUCGAACAAGCCAAGUCAGUGGGAGAAGAUGGAACCUCUUAACGACCGUAGGAUUCGCUUAACAACUGUGCUGAUUCGCUUUACAACGGUGGCGCAAAACUGUUGUAAAAUCGUACGUGACUUGCUUAAUGACUGCCUCGCUUAGCAGUGGAAAUUCUGGUCAUAAGUUGAGGAUGGCCUGUAAUCCCCUCCCUCUUCCUGUUGCUUGCUAGAAACCCGGAAAGGCUACUCGGUUUUUGUCAGUCUUGGCCACUUGAAAACAGGUGGACUUCAACUCCCAGAAUUCCCCAGCCAGCAUGUUGAUU